AAAGCAAACUUUAUGAUUCAUCUCUGCAGAGCCAGGUCUAUUUCCUUAGGAGAUGUGGAAGUAACAACUAAAUACUUACUAAGCAUUAACGACUACAAAUUACAGGACAUAUCCACACGCCCCAUUUCAUCUUAGGUAACAAGAUAAAUUCCUUCCAAAGUCAAUGAAUGAGACAAAUCAUUCCAGGGUGACCGAGUUUGUGUUGCUGGGGCUCUCUAAUUCCAAGGAGCGCCAACCUUUCUUGUUUCUCAUAUUUUCACUACUUUACCUAGCAAUACUGUUGGGAAACUUUCUUAUCAUCCUCACUGUAACCUCAGAUUCCCGCCUUCACACCCCCAUGUACUUUCUGCUUGCAAGCUUCUCUUUUAUAGAUAUAUGUUUUGCCUCUUUUGCUACCCCCAAAAUGAUUGCAGACUUUCUGGUUGAGCACAAGACUAUUUCUUUUGAUGCCUGCCUGGCCCAGAUUUUCUUUGUUCACCUUUUCACUGGCAGUGAAAUGGUGCUCCUUGUAUCCAUGGCUUAUGACUGUUAUGUUGCUAUAUGUAAACCUCUCCACUACAUGACGAUAAUGAGCCACCGCGUGUGUAUUAUUCUUGUUCUCAUCUCCUGGCUUGUGGGUUUCAUCCACACUACUAGCCAGUUGGCAUUUACUGUUAACUUGCCUUUUUGUGGCCCGAAUCAGGUAGACAAUUUUUUCUGUGACCUCCCUCUAGUGACCAAGCUGGCCUGCAUAGACACUUAUGUUGUCAGCCUGGUUAUAGUUGCAGACAGUGCCUUUCUUUCUAUGUGUUCCUUUCUACUCUUGGUUGUCUCCUACACUGUGAUACUUAUCACAGUCAGGAACCGUUCCUCUGCUAGCAUGGCAAAGGCCCGCUCCACACUGACUGCUCAUAUCACUGUGGUCAUACUGUUCUUUGGACCAUGCAUCUUCAUCUAUGUGUGGCCCUUCAGCAGUUACUCUGCUGACAAAGUCCUUGCUGUGUUUUACACCAUCUUUACUCCCAUUUUAAACCCAGUUAUCUACACUGUGAGGAACAAAGAAGUGAAGGCAGCUAUGUCAAAACUGAAGAGUCGGUAUCUGAAGCCUGGACAGGUUUCUACAGUCAUAAGGAAUGUUCUUUUUUGGGAAAAAAAGUAA